GCAGGAUUCAUCCUGCUGCUCCACCUAGAGCGAGCAGGUCAGGGAGCGGAACAAUGCGAACAGAAACAUCUCCAUGCGAUCGUCUGCAAACGGAUGUUUCUCGGCAGCGCUGAAUUUGCAGCAGUCAAGUUGCUACAGGCAUGGUGCAGGAGGAUUCAGCCGCUGCCUCGUCAUCCCUGCCUUGACCUUAACGCCAUGGCGUCAGUUCGGUACUGCGGGCUCAUACAGGCGCAUCGAUCGCUACAGCGACUGGUCAAGGCCUCGACCAGCUCGACGAUUCUCUUCGUGAGGACGUUCCCAGUCCAGGAGCAGACGCUCUUUCUCUCUCAUUCGUUGCCCCGGACGGCAGAGGAGAAGGAGGAGGAAGGGGGACAGAGACUUGCUGCAAAGAGGAUACUUGCUGAGUUGUACAAAAUGUACAUGCCUGAAUUCAUCGUUGGCGUGGAGAAAGUCUCCUUCAACAUGCUGCAAACUCUAUCUCGAGUCCGAUAUUGCAACGUUCUGCAAGCUUCUAUCAAGAUUGUCAGCUACACCAAAGCAGCGGUCAUUCGCUUCAAGUACAACACGUCUCCUCCUGUGGGCUCAUCGCUCCUCCGUUUCUUCCCUUCCGCCUCGUCCUCCACCAGGCUCGCCAACCAUGCCUGCCACGUCGCCAAGGACUGCCUGGCAGCUGGGAAGUUCAACAACGCUUCUCAGCUCCUCCAGCUCGCAGCUGACGACAUCGAGCUAGCCCUUGCUCGCAGAAGACUGAGAAUGAAAGUCCUGGAAUUGAACAGAGCGAUUGAUCGAGACGUCAUGAUGGGAGUAUCCAGCAAGGAGCUGUUGUUGGCAAGCAAUCUUUGA